CGCAAAUUUCUCUCCGUCCUCGUCGCUCUCCAUAUCUACACCCAUUUUUUGACGAUUUCAUCGGGUAGCAUAAGAUGGCGGAAUCAGAGGAAAUUCAGCCACUUGUGUGCGAUAAUGGAACUGGAAUGGUUAAGGCUGGUUUUGCUGGAGAUGAUGCUCCAAGGGCUGUGUUCCCAAGUAUUGUAGGCCGUCCACGUCACACCGGUGUGAUGGUUGGAAUGGGCCAAAAGGAUGCUUAUGUUGGAGACGAGGCUCAGUCCAAGAGAGGUAUUUUGACUCUAAAAUACCCAAUUGAGCAUGGUAUUGUCAGCAAUUGGGAUGACAUGGAAAAAAUAUGGCAUCACACCUUCUACAAUGAGCUCCGUGUUGCUCCAGAAGAGCAUCCAGUUCUUCUAACGGAAGCACCUUUAAAUCCCAAGGCCAAUCGUGAAAAGAUGACCCAAAUCAUGUUCGAGACAUUUAAUACCCCUGCUAUGUAUGUUGCCAUCCAAGCCGUGCUUUCCCUGUAUGCUAGCGGCCGUACAACUGGAAUUGUUCUUGAUUCAGGGGAUGGUGUGAGUCACACAGUUCCUAUUUACGAGGGUUAUGCCCUUCCACAUGCCAUCCUUCGUUUAGACUUGGCUGGUCGGGAUCUCACUGAUGGCUUGAUGAAGAUCCUUACGGARCGUGGGUAUUCUUUCACUACUACAGCAGAGCGGGAAAUUGUAAGAGACAUGAAGGAGAAGCUGGCUUACAUUGCCCUUGACUAUGAACAAGAGCUCGAGACUUCCAAGACUAAUUCUGCUGUUGAGAAGAGUUACGAGCUGCCAGAUGGACAAGUUAUCACAAUUGGUGCUGAACGUUUCCGUUGCCCAGAGGUAUUGUUCCAACCAUCCAUGAUCGGAAUGGAAGCAGCUGGUAUUCAUGAGACCACUUACAACUCCAUCAUGAAGUGCGACGUGGAUAUUAGGAAAGACCUGUAUGGAAACAUCGUGCUCAGUGGUGGUUCAACAAUGUUCCCCGGCAUUGCUGAUAGGAUGAGCAAAGAGAUCACCGCUUUGGCCCCUAGUAGCAUGAAGAUCAAAGUCGUUGCACCACCCGAAAGAAAGUACAGUGUCUGGAUCGGAGGGUCCAUUCUGGCAUCACUCAGCACCUUCCAACAGAUGUGGAUUGCGAAGGCGGAAUACGACGAGUCGGGUCCAUCAAUCGUGCACAGAAAGUGUUUCUAGUUUGUGCAAGUAGACGCGUUGUUUUGAAGACAUUCAACAUUAGUUUUUUUAUAUAUGUUACAUGUUAUGUUUUAUAUGUUGUUUUGUUAUAUGUUGGGUUGAGAGUGAGCGAGACAAUUGUUGUAAGUUCCACGAUUCUUUCAUUUGGAUAUUAUUUUAGAAGCUAUUGAUUUCCAUGGUUGAGACCUGAGUUUUAGAUGCUGUUGGUGACACAUAUUAUUGCAUCUUCAUAUGUUUGAAUUCCCCUGUAAUCUAAGGAUAAAAAUUUG